GAGAGAGAGGAAAAGCUUCGAUGUAAAAAGAUAAAGAGCUUAUUUAAAACGACAAACUGGCCAACAUAAAGUGAUACGAAGAAAUUUGAGUUAUAUUAUUGAAUAUCAAAGGGAGUGAAAGAGAAAAAUGAGAAGAGAUGAGUAAAUUUGAAGUAUGAUAGAAUAGGCAGAAUCAAAGUAGCAAUGAUGUCAAGAACAAGCGCAGCAUCGUCCUUCUUAGGUCGAUGACAUGGAUCCAGGCGUUGUGCUGUUAUCUCUGUUACUGUAUCGACAUACAGCCGGUAUUAGAAAACAAUAGCAACGACGAUAAUUAAAAAGUUGUAGUAGUGCACAAUAAAAGGCGAUUAAGAAUUAGAUCUCAUAAUGCCGCGUUGUCUCAUGGCCAAAAAGUGGAAAGCUUAUCCAUGGCCUGAAAGAGCUGAGGAAAGUGGUGAGUCUGAACAACAGAGUAGCAAUGAACUUAUCUCACAAAAUCGAGAUUUCAUUUUCAUCGACACGAAGCGUACACGAGACGAAUUUCAUGAAGGACAACAACAAGUGAUUGCUCUGCAAACUGAUGAUGAAGAAAUUGAUGUCGUAGGCGAUGUCGAUAUGAAUAGAUAUAGCAAUGGAGAUGUUGAACAAAUUAGCAUUGAGAACCAGACCUGCUGGGGUCCUCAUAGUCCCACGGCUGGCGCGACGGCUCCAAGCCCUCCACCACUAAAUGCUUCAGGAGCUCUUUACUAUAAUGGAUAUACGCAUGAAGCCUGGAUAAAUCACGAAGAACCGCCAAAAUAUGCCACCUUACGCUCAGCUGCUGAAUUAGCAAGACCAAGAGUUUUUUCUCCAACGUCAUCACAUCAUAAUAUUCAUGUACUUCAAGAACAAUCAGAGAAUUCAAAUCGUGCAAUAUUAUCCUCACUGCAACAAAGUCAUCAUCAUCAACAACAACUAAUUCACCAAAAUACUACAAUUUCUAGUUCAAUAACUCUUCCUCCACGUAAAAGUCUCUCUAUGUGUUUUACCAGUACAGGAACAGCUUUAUCUUUGCCUCCAAAAAAAAAAGAUAUUUAUCGACCAUACAGUCUCCAACCACAUGAAAUCCGCUCUUCUGCUGAAGAAGAUCUUUCUGCUGCACAAGCUAUUCUUGAUUUAAGUGCUUCUCCAGCAGCUCCUACACAUUCUAUCUUUAUACAUAGACUCUCACCUUCUUCACCUUCUUCUUCGCAGCUAAGUACAUUACAUCAGUCACAAUUACCUGUUUCCAUUCCAGUUUCUGUCUUAGUACCAAUUCCAAUUUGUCAAAAUCUUCAACAACAGCCAUUAAAAAGUGAAAAGACAUCAGAGCCUCAAUUAUCUACUAUUGUGGAGGCUAAUAUUAAUAAUGUUAAUAAUGACGCUACUAUCAAUAUUUUUAGUCCUACCAAUAAUUCUAACAGUUCUAAUAAAACCGUUGCAUAUACUUAUGAAGCUUUUUUUGUCUCUGAUGGUCGAUCCAAACGACGUACCAGUAACUCUUCUGUACCUGAUAAGGAAUCGGUUACUCAAGUAGAUCGACCGAAAUUUACUUGUACAGAAUGCGGGAAACGGUAUGCUACAUCUUCAAAUCUUUCACGGCAUAAGCAGACUCAUCGUAGUCUUGACUCGCAAUCUGCAAAAAAGUGUAUUCAUUGUGGCAAGGCAUAUGUAAGCAUGCCAGCUCUCGCUAUGCAUGUGCUUACUCAUAAGCUCGCCCACAGUUGUGGUGUUUGUGGUAAAAUGUUUUCAAGACCGUGGCUGUUGCAAGGCCAUCUUCGUAGCCAUACUGGAGAAAAACCAUAUGGUUGUGCUCACUGUGGUAAAGCUUUUGCUGAUAGAUCAAACUUGCGUGCUCACAUGCAGACUCAUUCAGCGGACAAGAAUUACGAAUGUUCGCGUUGUCAUAAAACUUUUGCACUUAAAUCUUACUUGAAUAAGCAUCUAGAGUCAGCUUGUUUACGAGAAGAUGAGAUUCAGAAUUCUGGUAUACUAAAUGGAGCUCAACACCAUCAGUUACAGACCAACCGUGGAUUGUAGCAGUCCUAUCAACUAGCAAUGAAUAAUGCCAACUUUCACGAUCUUCCUAAGAAUGCAGAAUCAAGAAUGAGCUAGCGGAUA